UGCUCUUGAUUUGGCUCAAAAAGCUAAAGUGCAAUGGGCUAUUGACAGAGAUGAAAUCUCUAAAUAUUUUCAUGGGUUCAUAACUAGAAGAUGCAGCCAACGUGCAAUACAUGGUGUUUUUUAGAUGGUAACUGGAUAGAUGAGUCGAAUGAAGUUAAAAAGGAUUUUUUUCACACUUCAAGAACCAGAUUCUAUUCCUUCUCAACCACGUAUUCCUCUAGAUGAUAUUUUACGAAGAGACUUUCGGAGUUUCAACGGCAGUGAUUAGAAGAUAAUAUUUUGACGGAUGAGAUAAAAAGGGCAGUGUGGUAUUAUGGUUCCGAUAAAUCCCCUGGUCCAGAUGGAUUCAUAUUUGAUUUUUUUUCGUAAAUUUUGGCAUAUUGUAGGCCCAAAUGUAGUUAGUGCGGUCCUUGAAUUCUUUUCCUCAGCCAAGUUUACGAUUGGCUGUAAUCCCUCUUUUAUUGGUCUGAUUCCUAAGAUGGUGGAUGCCAGGUUUAUUAAAUAUUUUUGUCCAAUUAGAUUGAUCGGCUGCCGGUAUAAGAUUGUGGGGGGGAAAAUCCUUUCUAAUAGACUAAGUUAUGUGGUGGGUGACUUAGUAAGUAUUGAGCAAUCUGCUUUUGUUCGUGGUCGUCAGAUUCUUGAUGGUCCAAUGAUUUUAAAAGGAUUAAAUUCUUGGUGUAAUAACAAGAAAAAGAAGGCGAUGCUUUUUAAAGUAGAUCUUGAAAAAGCAUAUGAUUCGGUGAGAUGGGAUUUUCUUGGUGAUGUUCUUCAUGGGUUCGGUUUUGGGGAGCAUUGGAGGGAGUGCAUUACUGUAACAUCCCAAUUGUCAGAUCAAGAGGCUAGCAUCAAAGAAUUCGUGUGGAUCCAAAGUCUACUUCAGCUUGGGCACGUUUUGAAGGUACUUCCGGAGAUCAUGGCAAGGCGAAGGCUUGACCAUACCGCUCCUCAUCCAUAUGACUAUAUUUCUGGGACACUCUGAUGAAUAUUAUUUUGAAAACAUUUUGUAGAACACUAUUUGGUUUCAUGGUUGAAAAAGUUUUAAAUUUGGCUUAAAAUUUUUUUGAAUG